UUGUUUUUCGGGUUAACAACAUCGAGUCAUAGGUGAAAACGGCCAUUUGACCUCACUCGACUCCAACUCAGAUUUCCUCGAACUUCAAAUUGUUACUGACGUACGAGAUCAAAGGAAGGGGUACACGCGUAUUCCAGAAUGGAUAAGAGACUGUUUCUUUACGCGUUUGCCGGCCUUUUUGGAUGCGUAUUAGCAGGAGUUCUUCCUCAGACUGCCCAACACCACGAUCUCCAGGAAGCUCACGCUAACACACCAAGGAAUUUCAUCCCCAGAAGAUUUGAAAUAGGAGGAACAUUGCUAUUCAAUGAUGGCACAACAGCGAGACAGGAAGCUCCCCAAGACACACCAGCAAAGGGCGAGGCGACCGGAGCAGUCUCACAGCAGCUUGGGUCUGAUGGCUACUGGGGAAGUUAUUACCCUUACCAGCCUGCAUAUAGCACCUUCCCUAAUACUGGCUACGGUUCUAUGAUGGGCUAUCCUGCGGCGGGGUUCUACCAAGAUGAGGCACAAAAUGAUGGCGCUAACGAGCAACAAGGCAACCAAGAGUUCGAACAACAGUCAAAGAAUCCUCUUAGCGAACAAACCGCUGAUGAGUUUACGCAAAACGACUUGCUCGGACAGAUCGGGAAUGGCCAGGGAUUUGAAGCAUACCAAGGCCAAAACCAGGGUUUGCAGUACAACGGACAGGGAGAACAAUCUAUCGAGAGCCAGCUAAACGGGGGUCAGGAUGCGAUGCAGCAGUAUUCUCCGAAUUUCCAGCAAACACAGGAACAGUAUGCUACAGCACCUUUAGAAGGCAUGGAGCAGAGCUUUGAUCCGCAAGGCUACUAUGAAAGCAACGGUGCUGCAAGAUCGCAAGAGACCAAAGAACGACUGAUGUCUGAGAAGGAAGAGGAAGUUGGGGAAUCGCGCUUUAAGAUCCCGCACCUCUCCCGCAAGAACCUGCAAGGGCUUUUGGGAUACGCCAAACAACCAUAUCUUCGGGGUGGCCACUGAUGCUAAUAACGGGCUGUAACAGUUUGAAAACAGAAAGACGGUAAUAAUAGGGAAAUGAAUCAAUACAAGGAUGAAAUGGUUUGUUUUACUCCGUGAAACAGAGUGUUUUUGCUACGUUUCGAGCAUUCGUCCUUCGUUUAAGAUUUAUGUUCGAUAUAUUUUCAUAUAUUCUCAACAGAACAAGAAUCGAAUCUAGUGUGAAAACACCAAAUACUAUUUCGGAAGAGGGCAUGAAGUGAAGAAAUCUCUGGUU